AGAAACCUUAGGAAGCAACGAAUAUACAUCUAUUUAAAUCACAUAUUGAAGCCACGGAAGAAAAGAAAAGCAAGAAACAAAAACAAGACAUGGAAGUGAGGGCUUUUGAUACAAAUGAUAGCAACGAACAUGCCAUUGGAAUUCAGAGAUCAUUAAGAGAUGUUCCACCAGCUCACUACAAUCUUAAAGUAGAGUUUUUCUCGUCAUUUCUCAAGUACACUGGUACAGAAAAUUAUGAAUCUGGUGUAUUUGAAGCUGGUGGCUACAAAUGGAAAUUGUCUCUUCACCCAAAUGGAAAUAAGAGAAGGAAUGUGAAUGGUCACAUUUCUCUUUACUUGGCAAUAGCAGAGACAAAAACCCUUGCUCCUGGUUGGGAGAUUAAUGCCAACUUCAGAUUGUUUGUGUUCGAUCAUAUUCGAGAUAAAUACUUAACCAUCCAAGAUGCCGAAGGGGAAAUUAAGCGCUUUCAUCGAAUGAAAACUGAAUGGGGUUUCGACCAAUUGCUUCCCUUAGCUACUUUCACUGAUCCCUCAAAUGGGUAUCUUCUUGAUGAUUGUUGUGUGUUUGGAGCAGAGGUUUUUGUUAUAAAAUAUAACGGUAAAGGCGAGUGCGCAUCGAUGAUGAAGGAUCCUGUGAAAAACACUUUCACUUGGAAUAUUAGUAAAUUUUCAGCAAUAGAUAAAGAUUUUCUUUUCUCUGAAGAGUUUGUUGUUGGAGGGCGCAAGUGGAAGUUAUGGUUUUAUCCAAAAGGAAAAGCAAAUGCAAAAUGGAAAAGCUCUUCGUUGUUUCUGGUGUUGGCUGAUAGUGAAACCCUUCCUUCUGAAAGGAAAUUGUAUGCUGAAUAUAAGCUAAGGAUAAAGGACCAAGUCAAACGCAAUCAUUUUGAGAAAGAAGUGAGACAUUGGUUCAGUGCCUCAAGCAAUAACUGGGGUGAUCAAGAAUUCGUGUCUCUAAGUGAUCUCAACGACACAUCGAAGGGCUUCAAGCUGAGUGAUGUCGUAAUUGUUGAAGCACAAAUCAUCCUCAUUUCUUGUUUUAAGAAUUUCUAAACUAGUUGUUGUGGCUCUUCAUAUAUCUUUGUGUUUUGAAUUCUUGGUCCCAAUUAAUGUGCUGGUACCAGAACACAGAGUUUUAUCUAUGAAAUGUACUUACAAAAUUUGACUUGUAAUCUAUGUGUAAUUAAAUCUCA